CAGAAGCAGGGAUGAAAUAUUUAGUCUGGUUUCCCGCAGCUUCAACGCCGAUGAGCAGCAGUCGAAGAACUUUAAUCUAACUGAAUGGAUUGGCAUGGGGGAAAGCGGAUCUUUCAACUUGGCUAAGCGGAAGCUUUGGAACUGGAUCUCUUUAAUGAUGGUUUUACUUGCAUUGCUGUUCCAACCAGCAUAUUGCCAGCAGUGUCGGAUCCAGCGCUGUAACUCGGAGUAUGUGGCCUCGACGUCUCCCUCCGGUGGUGGGGGUCUGGGCGACGAGGGCGGGCUGGCGGCGGGCGCAGGGACAGGUGGCGGCGGCGAGGCGGCGGUGGACUACUGCACGGCCCUGCGCGCUUACACCCUCUGCACGCGCCGCACCUCGCGCGGCUGCCACGGCGACCUGACCUACCACGCCGCGCUGCUCAGCAUCCGCGAGCUCUUCUCGCAGCACAACUGCUCUAGCGACGGGCCCACCUCGCCCGCCAAGGUUCCCGGCGGCGGUGGCAGCCAGCGUCCUGGAGGUGGUGGUGGUGGUGGUGCUCCCGUAGUGCCUCAGCUGUGCGACUAUGAGAGCCGUGUGCUGGCUCAGGGUCCGGCGGGGCGGCAUAAGAAGUACGCCCACUGCGGCCUGUUUGGCGACCCGCACCUGCGCACCUUCCGCGACGAGUUCCAGACGUGUAAAGUGGAGGGUGCCUGGCCGCUCAUCGAUAACCGCUACCUGUCCGUACAGGUGACCAACGUGCCCGUGGUGCAGGGCUCCAGUGCCACGGCAACUAGCAAGAUCACGGUGAUCUUCAAGGCGUACGAGGGCUGCACGGAGCAGAAGGUCUACCAGGCCACCACGGAGGACCUGCCCUCUGCCUUCCAGGACGGCACGCGCGGCAGCGGACGCGUGGGCUCCGGGGGUGGCGGCGGCGGCGGCAGCGGUGCAGAGACUGCGGCGAGCUCCAGCCUGUGGAUCUCGGAGCAGAGCGGCGGUCCUGGCGGCCGGCUGGUGCGUCUGCAGGCGCGCCACAUCGGCACGUCCAUCAUCGUGCGGCGCGUGGGCCGCUACCUGACCUUCGCCAUCCGCAUGCCCGAGGACGCGCUGGAGCCGGCCGAGGAGAGCGAGAGCGGCGGCCUGCAGCUGUGCCUGCGCGGCUGCCCCCGCAACGAGCUCAUCCAGGAGCACACGCUGCACCACCCCAACCCCAACGUGCCUGCCCACGCCGGCCUGCCCACGCCCCCACCGCCACACCAGGCCUACAGCGUGGAGCGCGCCACCACCAAGUGCCGCGAGACCCUCCAGGUAGAGGACGUCUACUUCCAGUCGUGCGUCUUCGACCUGCUCACCACCGGGGACCCUGAGUUCAGCAUGGCGGCCUUCGGGGCGCUGGAGGACCUCAAGGCUCUGCCGCCCAGCAGGCUGAAGCAGACGCCACCCUGGACGCCCACCGAUGACAACAACAACAACAAAGUGCCUGAUGGCAGGGGGAGCAAAGUGGACUCUGGGGUGGGGAACUCGGCCCGGGAAAGCCAGGCCACCACCACACACACCGUCCUGUUGGUGACUCUGAUAGUAGCUCUGAUGCUGGUGUGAAAUGGACAGGAGGAUUGAGAAGGAGGAGGAGGAGGAGGAGAGAGAGAGGACAUGGACAAUGACGACAAGGAGAUGACAGCUUGAGGAUGGAUCACUUUUGGGAGAUUGAACCAGAUUCUUCUGCUCGGUUCCGGUCUGGUCUGGUUUGGGGUUGGGUUUUGACUUUUAUUAGGAUUGCUCUGUGAGCUGCCCACCGCAGCUGCUGACCCGACCCAGGAGGAGAGCGGUUCGGGGACAGGAAGACACUAACGCUUUUUUUUUUUACUAAGUUCCUGAAGCACAUGGACUGCAUUUCAGUUCCUUAUACCCCCUCUGCCAACUUUCCCCUGUGUGGUACGUAAACACUUAGACAAAAAAACAAA